AUGUAUAGGGAUUCUUACAUUGGAAAAAUUGAUGACCUAUUGCAGAGUUAUAUUAGUACUGGAGCUUGUUCAAUAUUCAUCGGUGAUCAGGACCAGCUUUCUCGCAAGAUUCAGGCGCAGUACCGGAAGGUUGUUAAUCCUUUGUGUCGUCUUCAUGCUGCUAAACCUAAUCUUUAUCCCUCCUCUAUAAAUGCUAGCCUUAAGAAGUUAUUAUCAUCCUCGCCAACCUUCCCUUAUCUAUAUGGAACUAUCAAGACCCAUAAGCUUGACAAUCCGGUCCGUCCGAUUUGCAGUCCCAUUCAAUGGUACUCUCACCCCUUACACAAGCUAUGUCAGUUUUUCUUAUCUGCUGCUCUCCAGAGUAAGCUUUCGUGUCAUAAUCUGUCUAACAUUAAUAAGCUUACCGAUCAUUUACUACAAUUGCAGCCUCGUCCAGGUUAUGUAUUAGUUACAAUGGCAAUACGAGAAAUGUACCCAAGUACUCGCAUCCCUCCUUUAUGGGAUUUACUGCAGUUUUUUAUGGGUCAGGAUUGGUUUAAAGCUGCUUGCCCUAUCGAUGUCAGUAUGUUGCAAUCUAUAUUAGAUUUUAUACUCCAUAAGGCCAAUUAUUUCACAUUCAAUGGUGAUUUGUAUCAGCAACACGAAGGGUUACCACAAGGUGGAGGGGCCUCUGGCUUAUUGGCCACCAUAUUUCUAGAUGCUCAGAUUGAACUUAAUUAUAAUCCAUUGUUCUUGUCCCAUAGUGUUUUAGCUUGGUGGAAGUAUAUCGACGAUGUGCUCCUCUACAUGCCUUCUUUCUCUGUUUCUAGUUUUAUGGAUGCUUUUCCCCGUCUCAUUGGAUACGACGUAACUUAUACUGUAGAAAAACCAGAUCUCAAAUAUAGUGUUUACCCUUGUGUUGCUUAUCUCGAUCAUCGUAUUUUCCAAUCCUCUCAUGCUUUCUUAGUAAAUGUCUAUCAUAAGUCCACCGAAUCCAUGCGUUUGACCCAUUAUACUUCACAUACAUCCAUUAAAGUUAAGCAAUCUGUACUCUCUACUCAUUUGCGUCGUGUAUUUUAUCGCACUAGCGAUACUUUCCUUUCCGUAGAUCUUGCUGACUGUCUUGUUCGGUUCUAUACCAACGGUUAUCCUCAGUAUCUUGUCCAUUCUGAACUGGAAAAAUUACUCACCAACUAUAAUGAGCCUUAUGGUCAACCUUUGACUUCUUAUCGCCGCUCUCUCAUUUCUAAAUUCCUCUAUCCAUAUGGGUUACCAAAUGGCCAUAUUUAUCCUAGUCUCUUCAAUCCUACUUCACAACCUAAACUGUAUCGUCGCAGUAUUGUCUUCAGCUGCGAGGAUUUUGUCAAAAUAUUGCAUCAUGCUCUUCACAAAAUAGAUGGUAGUGUACCAACAUUCUCUAAAGCUAAAAGUUUAUUCUCUGCUUUACAUAUGUAA